AUGGCCGGCAAAAAGUCCGCCACGGCCGACCGCGGUCCAACUGCCAUGCACAAGUAUCGCGGCACUGGUUUCGAGGAAUUCUAUGCCGACCCUCCCAUGGCUCCUGCCGAAGCCCAGGAGGAGCGUGAGAACAUCUACAGCCUACGCAUCCAAUCAUGCAUCCAGCGCUACCGCGCUCGCCGCCGUCUGGGCGCUUCCGACCAGAUCUUCAACAAGUACCUCUUCUUGGGAGGCAUCGACACCACACCUCGCAUGUUUGGCGGCAAUGUAGAUGCCGACCUCAAGGACAUGACACCGGCAGAGAGACGAGAAGCAACGGCCAUUGACACCGUCUACAGCUCCGGCGGUGGUGCGCGGUUCUACAACGACGAUGAUCCCGAUGGCUGGGAUGUCGACUUUGCCGGUGUAGUCGCGGGGUUUUGCUCCGAGACGCUCCCGAACGAGACGGCCUGGGACUACGCGCAGAUGGGCAAGGCGGUUGGCCUGCUAGAGAACUUUCUCACCUAUAUCCUCCAGCACGACGUGUGCCCAGAGUAUGACGCCAAUGUCAAAGAAGCUCUGGAUCUCUGCCAAAAGGCCAAAGUCGACCUGCCGUUGUCUCAUCAAGCUCUCCUCCGAUUUCCUGGCCAAUUCAAUUUGGCGCUGUCGGAGCUGUUUUGCAAUGACUUUUUCUUCUUUGGAGACGCCGAGGAAUUCCAGCGGCCAAUGGAUUUCUCCCCUGAAGCGGUUUUCAAGGUUGCAAUGGCAAUGAAUGCUACCCAGGAGCAGUUCAAUGCCGUCGCUAAUGGUCUGAAGUACGGCACCAUUGAGGUCAUCGGCGAGGAGGAGUGCAGCGUCGAGAUUAUCUCCAUUCACCGGCCGAAUGAUGAGGCGCACAGGCUCACACGGAGCAUUCGUCUAGGCAAGGGACACCGAUUCGAGCCCGUCGGAAUAAUCAUCACGAAGCCUUGCGUCAUCGAGGAUGGCUACGACUACGGAGAGGACAUCAUUUUGUCUGAUGAACAGCGGGACACCUUCUACCUGGAAGAUUCAAUCCUGCAGCGCCUGAAGCCAGGUUUCAAACUGCAACUCUGCGUAUGCGAGCUCAACAUUGGCAUCAAGUUUGUGAAGCAGGCUCGUCAAGUUCUCGUGGAAUGGUACACCUUCCUGCCGCAGAACCUCAUGCGACACUACAAGGAGCCCGUACCUAAUGAGCGUCCUGCCCCGUCGGCCAUCAAGGAAGACGCGGAGACCGGCAAGCAAGAAGCUGUAACUAACUGA